AUGGGUAUUGGUCGAAUGCGCCGAGCACAGCAGUGGCUUCUGUUCACUCGUCAGUUUCAUCUUGUGGAUGCAACCGGACAGGUUCUUCCUUUACCAGUAAAUGAUGUUUAA